AUGGACCCUUCAACGCUGGAUCCCAUGCGGCAGUACGAGAAGUGGGGAGACCUGGAUCUGGACUCGGUGAAAGACGGCUUCGGUCCGUGCUUGUGGAAUGUUGAAGCUCAGAGGAAGUUCAAGGAGAAGCCUUCGAAUGGUGCCGAGACGAUUCUGCAGGUGCUUCAGAAGACAAAGGAGAAGCUUGGUGAUCAACAAGGUGUUGGCUGGCGCAAUGUCGUCAAGGUCCACCAGAUCGAGGAUGGAAGCGGCACCAAGAGAGAGAAGAUCGAGCUGGAAAAUAAGUACAAUUGGAUGUCAUACAACGAGCUCUUCAUUCGCACUGAGAACCUGGCGAAGGGGAUGGCAGCAUUAGGCGUCGAGCCCGAAUCCCGCGUAGUAAUCUACGCCGAAACACAACGCGACUGGAUGGUCAGCGCUUAUGCGGCGUGGCAGCUCAACUGCAAGGUCGUGACAAUCUAUGCCACACUAGGCGAGGAGGGUGCUUCGUACGGCAUCAAUGAGACGGAAGCCAGCACCGUGGUGGUCGAUGCCAAGCUCCUGAAAGUUCUAUCAAAAAUUCUUCCGAAGUGCAAAUCUAUCAAGCGAGUGUUCACCAUGACGGAGUGUGAUGCGACGGUUGCCAAGACGAUGCAAGAUGCGGGCGUGCAUGUGGAGACGCUCGAGGAGUGCGUCACACGUGGCAGCAAGGAGUCCUGUCAGUUGCAGACAGCCAAGCCAUCCGACAUUGCCAUCAUCAUGUACACUUCUGGCACCACCGGUGCUCCCAAAGGAGUGCUUCUCACCCACGCCAACGUGGUUGCUGUGGUUGCGGGCGUUGAACAUUACUUCACCGGAAAGUUUGGCCCUGGGGACGUGUACUUGGCCUACCUUCCGCUGGCGCACAUCUUCGAGAUGGCUGCACAGGUGUGCAUGAUGUCGAUGGGUCUGGCAAUCGGCUAUGGGACGCCUCACACCCUCACGGACAACGGUGUCAAGCUGAAAAGGCCUGAGUCUUCUGGAGACGCACCAGUGUUACAGCCUACUAUCAUGGUUUUCGCUCCGGCUGUCUUGGACAAGGUUUACCAGGCAGUGACUGCGAAGCGCAACGGCCUCGGUUACGUUGGCCAGACACUGUUCGACUGGGGUUUGUCGUCUGGAUACAGGCACUUCGAACGUGGUCAAGUCGGUGCAAACUUUGUCUUGGAUGCGCUGGUUUUCAAGAAGGUCCAGAAUCUGAUGGGUGGACGGCUAAAAGGCAUUGCCACGGGAUCUGCCCCGCUCUCACCGGACAUCCAGAAGUUCAUCCAAACAGUCUUGAAUGCCCCCACAAGACAGGGCUACGGUCUCACCGAAACUUGUGCCGGAAGCUGUGUUCAGUUCUGGGGUGACAGCUCGACAGGUGCCGUGGGCGUGCCGACGGUUUGCACAACGAUCCGUUUGGCCGAUUGGCCGGAUGGCAACUACAUGAACUCCGAUCUGGAAAAGCCUGAGAUUGGCAUGCGCCGGGGUGAAGUCCUCAUAGGCGGACCUUCCGUCAGCCAGGGCUACUUCAUCAGUGAGACAGCACCUAACGAAGAGCUCGUAAAGAAGAACGAGGAGGAUUGGGUGGACAUCGAUGGUGUUCGAUUCUUCAGAACCGGAGACAUCGGCCAAAUCAAGCCGGACAACACCUUGCAAAUUAUCGAUCGCAAGAAGGACCUUUGGAAAGGACCUAAUGGUGAGUACGUCGCAUUAACAAAAGUGGAAGCAGCGCCUUGGGGCAAUCUAGAGGGAGCAGGAGCGAGAGAGUGA